CAGAAUUUCCUUGCCUUUGUUUUUGCCGUUGAAGAGAUCAACAGGAAUCCUCAUCUUUUACCCAACAUAUCCCUGGGAUAUGAGUUCCACAAUUUAUUUUACAGCUCCUGGAGGCUUCUGGAGAGUUUCUUCAUUUUGCACACAGGACAGCAUGAAGUCCCUAACUACACUUGCAGGACAUGGAGCAAGUCAGUGGCAUUGCUCACAGGAAUAUCCUGGGCAAAUAUUGGCAAAACUGCAGCAUUGCUAGAGCUCUAUAACUUUCCACAGCUCAGCUUUGGCUCCUUUGAUCACAUAUUCAAUGACAGACACCAGUUUCCUUCUCUGUAUCAAGUGGCCCCCAAGGACACGUCUCUGGCCAAGGGCAUGGUCUACUUGAUGCUUCAUUUCAGCUGGACCUGGGUAGGACUGGUCAUUACUGAAGGUCAGAAAGGCCUGCAGUUUCUCUCAGAUAUGAGAACAGAGAUGGAUAAGAAUGGAGUCUGCAUGGCAUUUGUGGAAAUGAUCUCAAAUUUUCUUGCAUUGUUUACAUCAACGACACAGAAGCUAAAUUUCUUAACCAGAGAAUUAGCACCUGUAAAUGUAGUUGUCAUAUACUAUGACACAGAAAGUGUAAGUGAUGUAAACUAUCAGAUAGGGCAGUAUUUAGUGACAUGGAAAGUCUGGGUCACAAACUCACACUGGCAUGCUGACAUGUCCGGGAGAAAUUUCAUAUUUGAUGCAUUCCAUGGGACUCUCAUUUUUUCACAUCAUCGUGAGGCGACUCCACAUUUUAAAACUUUUAUCCACACAGCUAACCCCUCCAAAUACCCAGAAGACACGUUCCUCACUCUGUAUUGGUUCCAGAAUUUUCAUUGCUCGAUAUCUGAUUCUGAUUGUACAUUGAGGAGCUGUUUGCCUAAUGCUUCCCUCGCAUGGCUGCCUGUGAAUCAUUUUGAUGGGGCCAUGAGUGAUGCGAGUUACAACAUAUACAAUGCGGUGUAUGCUGUGGCCCACGCCCUCCAUGAGAUGCUCCUUCAGCAAGUUGUUAUGAAUCAAGUGGAAAAUGGGGACAAAUUGGUCUUUUCCCCCUGGCAGCUGCACCCCUUUCUUAAGAAAAUGCAGUUUAAAAAUCCUGUUGGAGAUCAAGUGAAUUUAGAUAAAGAAAGUAAUGUGGAGGCAACAUAUGAUAUUCUCAACUUCUGGAAUUUCCCAGAAAGUCUUAGACUUAGAGUGAAAGUUGGAGAGUUUUCCCCUCAUGGCUCAUAUGCCCAAUUGUCCAUAUCAGAGGAUAAGAUAGAGUGGGCCACAGGAAUUGCAGAGAUACCCCGUUCUGUAUGCAGUGAGAGUUGUCUUCCUGGAUUUAGGAAAACCCCUCAGGAGGGAAAGCCUGCCUGUUGUUUUGAUUGCACCCCUUGCCCCGAUAAUGAAAUUGCCAACAACACAGACAUGGAGCAGUGUGUGAAGUGUCCAGAUCAUCAGUAUGCCAACAUUCAUCAAAAUCAAUGCCUUCAGAAGUCUGUGACAUUUUUGGCUUAUACAGACUCCUUGGGGAUGGCUCUCGCUGGCACAACCAUGAGCUUCACUCUCUUCACUUUCGCAGUUCUUGUGCUCUUUGUGAAGCACCGAGACACUCCCAUUGUUAAAGCCAAUAACCGGGCUCUCAGCUACACCCUGCUCAUCUCCCUUACCUGCUGUUUCCUCUGCUCCUUGCUCUUCAUUGGCCGUCCCAACGCAGCCACCUGCAUCCUGCAGCAGAUCGCAUUUGGAGUUGUGUUCACUGUGGCUGUUUCCACCACCUUAACCAAAACUAUUACUGUGGUGCUGGCAUUUAAGGCCAUAGUCCCAGGCAGAAGGAUGAGGCAAUUGCUGGUAUUGGGGGCACCAAACUACAUCAUCCCAUUCUGCUCCCUGAUCCAACUCAUUCUCUGUGGAAUUUGGAUGGGGACAAACCCACCCUUCAUUGACACAGAUACACACUUGGAACAUGGCCACAUCAUCAUCAUGUGCAACAAGGGCUCCCUCACUGCCUUCUACUGUGUCCUGGGAUACUUGGGCUGCCUGGCCCUGGUGAGCUUCACUGUGGCUUUCCUGGCCAGGAACCUGCCUGACACCUUCAAUGAAGCCAAGUUCCUGACGUUCAGCAUGCUGGUGUUCUGCAGCGUGUGGGUCACCUUCCUGCCCGUGUACCACAGCAGCAAGGGGAAGGCCAUGGUGGCCAUGGAGGUCUUCUCCAUCUUGGCCUCCAGUGCAGGGCUCCUGGGAUGCAUGUUUGUCCCUAAGUGCUACAUUAUGUUGUUAAGAUCAGACAGGAAUUCUUCACAUGGAUUCAGAGAUAAAAUAUAUUCUGGCAGAAGGAAUCCUUCUUAG